AUGGGUUCCCUGAGUGUCAAUUCACACACUGACCUACACUGGGCCAAACGAAAUGAUCUCGAUGGAGAUUAUAUGUUACAUAAUGUACUGGAAAUAAAUGCACUGAAGUGAAACUGAAUCAAUUGCGUGUGGCUAUACACACGGAUUCAAUUUCGGGGGCCCCCACUAUCGCAGCAUGUGACCCCUGGGACUGGGGAAAUAAACCCAACAGUCGGCUCCAUGCCCAAAGAGAGGCGGAGGUCGCUCCGAGGGGCGGUGUUCUCCCGUUUGUCUCCUAUUUGCGACGGAUCAGGGAGAGGAGGAGGAGGAGGAGAACGCGAAGGAAACUUUUCGCCCACUGAGAUUUGUGAUGAUCCAACACAGAUGGCGGAACAGUAUAGUGGGCAAGCAGGCUUUCUUCCAGUCAAUAGCCCGGUGAGAGGGUACAUGGUGCCGCAGGUGACCAUCACAUCUGAUGGGGACUCCCGAGAGAUCACGCAGGACGAUCUGGAGGAGGAGGUGAAUGGUUGGCUGUGCCGUAAACUCUCCAACUCAUCCCUCUCUUCUAAUGGCUCUUCCACGGCGUUUGACGAGUCGGAGGAUGACAUCCUUAGUGACAACGAGACCAAGAGCAAAGGCAUCGUGACUCUGGAGCAUUUGAGGGACUCAGUAGACACAGGAGAGCAAAACAAUGCCUGGUGGAAACUGAAGACUAUUGUCCAUUGUCCUUUGGUAGCCUCACAACGAAAACGACUAUCCUGGGUUCAGUUAGCAGGCCAUAAAGGCAGCUUCAAAGCAGGAGAUGAGGGCUCCAUACUGAAGAAGUUCUCAGAGAAUGAGAAGCAGUGUUUUGAGAGGCUAAAAGAGGAUGCUUUAAAUUCUUUCGUGCCAGGCUACCAUGGAGUGGUAGAGAGAGACGGAGAACUAUUUCUGAAAAUGAAAGACUUAUUGGCCAGCUUUGAUAUGCCGAAUGUCAUGGACUGCAAAAUGGGAGUGAGGACAUAUCUGGAGGACGAGCUGGUGCGUGCGAGGGUGAAGCCUAAGCCACGCAGAGACUUGUAUAAUAAGAUGCUGGAGGUGGACAGUGAGGCUCCAACAGCUGAGGAACAGAAGCAGCAGGCUGUUACUAAACCACGCUACAUGCAGUGGAGGGAAAGUCUCAGCUCUACUAACUCUCUGGGCUUCCGCAUCGAGGGAAUCAAGAGAGGUGAAACCUGCAACACGGAUUUUAAAAGGACCCGCUCAAAGGAAGAUGUCAUUCAGGUCUUCAAGGAUUUCAUCGGAUGCAAUAAAAACAUACUUAGCUCAUAUAUUACAAGGCUUCAGGAUAUCAAACAGGCUCUAAAGAAUUCAGAGUUCUUCAAGAAACACGAGGUCAUUGGGAGUUCAUUUCUCUUCAUUCACGAUCACACAGAGAAAGCUGAAGUCUGGCUCAUUGAUUUUGGCAAGACCACAACUCUUCCGGAUGGACAGACCUUGGAUCACUACAGACCCUGGGAGGAGGGCAACCGAGAGGAUGGAUACCUAUUGGGCCUUGACAACCUGCUCCAGACCCUUGCCUCACUUUCCAGGGAGUGACCUUUUGACAUCUUAAAGAGAACUUUUGACUUACUGCCCGAAUGACAGCAAUAGGAUGGAUGCUGAUAGACACUUACAAAUCUGAGUGAAAGAUUCCAUUACUUUACAGUAUUACGUUUUUAUUGUAACACCAUGAUUGUAGUUUCAAAAAUUCAAAGUGAUAUCACGUUGAUCUUGGAUAUUGUAUUGUGUCUGUCAUUGUGCAUCAUACAGUUCAUCCUCCCCAAGGCUUUAUAUACAUA